AGGUUCAUGAACCAUGAACCCGCCAAGGUUUUCGGACCAGAGACUUGCGAUCCACGACCCUCUUGUGCCCUCUGAGCAAUUUCCUGCGAUUGAAGGCCGCAAUCAAACAACAACUGUGAUCCAAGACUCACUAGAAUAUCUUCCCCUUUCAAGGUCCCUGAAAGACGGCGAUACACUAUUGCUCCUGACCCCGGCAGUCGCUCCCCAUCAUACCACCUCCGAAACCGGCCACUCGACCAGUGACCCCUUCGAACCGCUCGGAAAGGCCCUAGCAAAGAAACACCCGUGGGUUCGGCAGGUCCCUUAUAUCCCUAGGAAUGGGAUCACUGGGACUCAUGUCGUGCACAUCAGGCUGGCCAAAUCAGUUGUGUUCGUUAUCUCAGGUCCGCCUUGCUUUGGUCAACCUCCGCAGGUCUCACUGGCUAAGACGGUACGCUCACUAUGUGAAAACCGACCGCUGAUUGUGUUGGCAUGUUGCAACGUCAAGUGGCUAGGCCCCCUUGAGAGCUCAUUCCCAACAGUCAUUCAGAGUUCUGGCUUUACCCCUCCGGAGCUCGAAGCAGCAGCCCGUGUCAUGGUUGAGAAUGUCAAGCAGCCACAUACAGCGGGGCCAAAUGUCCAAAAUCUUAUCUUAGCACCCAAAUCAUGGCAAGUGGAGGCAUGGAACGAGCACCGCGAUGUCGCCCCAGCUUAUGAACUGUGGUGCCAGUGUUUUCCCGACAAUUUUCGGCUUAGUCGGUUUUCAUUCCAGUCCCUUCUCUGCCGCGAUGGCUACGCGAUGCACUACGUGGUUCGCGAGCCAGGGACUACCCAACUACUGGGAUUCUGUGCUACAUAUACCACAUAUAUUGGCAGCGACUCGGAAAGAUUGGUUGGCUCUCUAGCCGCUCUGUUUGUUCGACCGUCUUACCGUCAAAGGGGUAUUGGACUGAGUUUGCAUGAUCACGCUUCACGCCAACUAAGGAAAACCCGUGGAGUUUGCCGUCUACAGCUCGGAAGCACAUUUCCACGUUUAUUCUAUGGAAUUCCCAUGGAAAGCCCUUCAGAGGACUGGUUCUCUCGCCGCAACUGGCCCGUUAAGCCUCAGUCCAGCUUACCGGGCGCUGGUCUGGAAACGUGCGACUGGUUGCUUGUGUUUGACGACUGGCCAACAACAAGAACAACAACAACAACACUGAUGAACUCGGAACUAAUAUUCCGAUCGUGUGAAUUCAGCGAGUACCACAUGGUUAUGGAGAUAGUGGAGAGGGAAUCGAGGGAGAAGGACAAUAUGGGAUGGUACGAUCAAUACGCGAAAUUGGAAGGCACGAUGAAUAUCGAGGAUAUUGUGUUGGGUCUUGAAGGACGAACCAUUGUGGCAGUGGCCUUGACACCAAAACCUUGGUGUGGCCAAGGGAAGAGAUGCCAUCAUGCUCAGGCUUCUUGA